CGCUCCACGUUUAAAAAAGGGCUUCGUUAAAGUAUAAGCUAGUAGUUGCGACAGCCAUUGUUAAAACACGGAUUUGGCAAUGUUGCGUUACCUGAAACUCGAGGAAUAACAAACGGCUCAAUCGGAGGGUCCAUAAAUAAAAUCAUUUAAAGGGACUGGCCUUCGCUUAAAACAAACAUGGCUCAGCGUGUGGCGGCAUCAGACGGCGGUACCAAGAGGUCGUCGUCGUCCAGGGUUCGGGUAGCGGUUCGCCUGCGACCGUAUAUGUGUAAACCAGAUGAGAAAGGCGAGGGCCCAUGUGUUCGAGGCCUAGACUCCCAGAACCUGGAGAUAAUUAACUGGAGGAACGCUACGGAAACUGUUAAAUACCAUUUUGACGUUUUUCACGGUGAGCAAACAUCACAACAAGAGGUUUUCCUGGCGUCGGUGAAGCCAAUUCUGCCUCAUAUCUUAAAUGGCCAAAAUGCCAGUGUGUUUGCCUACGGGCCAACAGGAGCUGGUAAGACCCACACUAUGUUGGGCAGUUCAGAGCAGCCAGGUGUGAUUCCGCGUGCUGUCUGUGAGGUCUUUAAACUGGUUAAAGCCAAGGAUGUGGAUGAAGGCUGGGACUACAGUAUUGGGAUGUCAUAUUUAGAAAUUUACAAUGAGAAGGUGCUGGACCUUCUGUCACCAGGCUCUCAAGAUUUGCCAAUCAGAGAGGACAAGGACAAGAACAUCCUCAUCCCUGGCCUCACUCACAUGGCAAUUUCUUCCUUCUCAGAUUAUGAGAAACACUUUAUACCUGCCAGCCUCAAUCGUACUACAGCUUCCACCAAACUAAACCAGCGCUCCAGUCGCAGCCAUGCUAUUCUUCUCAUUAAGGUUGUACGGACUCAGCGUGCCCUUCCCCAUAGACAACAGACAGGGAAGCUCUACUUGGUUGAUUUGGCUGGUUCCGAGGAUAAUCGCCGCACAGGCAACCAGGGCAUUCGUCUAAAGGAGAGUGGCGCCAUCAAUCUGUCUCUCUUCACUCUCAGCAAAGUGGUGGAUUCCCUUAACGCUGGCACAGCUGUUCGUGUGCCAUACAGAGACAGUAAACUAACGCGGUUGCUGCAGGACUCUCUCGGUGGCUCGGCGCACUCUGUUAUGAUCACCAACAUAGCACCGGAGUACAAAUACUAUUUUGAUACUUUUAGUGCACUGAACUUUGCUGCCAAAUCCAAACUCAUUGUGAAUAAACCCUUCACUCAAGAAACUGUGGCUGUGCCUGCUCUGCCAGUGAAGCGGCCCAGAGAGGACCGUGAGGCGGGAGGGUCUGGCAUCGAGCCACAGCGGCAGAAGAAGAAAACCGAGCAGGAUGGGUCCUCAUCCUCUGCAAAUUUUCCUAGUGUGUCCGAGCUGUCUGUGAUGGACAGACUGAUUUCUUUGGAGAAGCUGAUGAUGAGCUGCCAUGAAAAUGAUAGAUUAAACAUGCUGAAAGAUCUGGCUCAGUAUCGCAGAGAGGUCCAGGAGCUUAAAGAGAGGCAGAAGGAAUUUGAGAGCAAGGCCUUGUUGUUGAGUCAGUCAGCUGGAGAACAGGAAAAUGCUAAGGAGCCCAUCUUCAAGAAUGCAGCACCUUUGCAGCGAAAACAGACAAAUGCCACCAAACCCAUUAAACAGCAGGCUGUGGUCCAACCUCUGAAAGUGUCUCCGCUACAGCCUCUUCAGCAAGUUGCCACCGUGAAACAGUCUGUCUGCGUCAAGAAGAAGCUGCUUUCAGACCAGGUUGAGCAACUAGAUGGUAAAGAGAACAUGAUUGAGAAUGCCUGGGAGUCCCAACUCAACAGAACCCUACUGGAGCAGUCCAGGCAGAAAAUCUUGCAGAUACUCAAUACAGGCUCCCUCAAAGAUCUGAAAGGCCUCCAGCAGAUUGGUGACAAGAAGGCCAAGCUCAUCCUGGGCUGGAGGGAGAUUCAUGGUCACUUUACAAGGCUGGAAGAUCUCGUAAAAGUUGAGGGAAUGACAGAAAAAAGAUUUUCCUCUUUUAUGAAGGCAAACAUCGUGAGUGCAAUGGGAAAGUGAUCUGUUGUUCUUUAAUAUUUUUAUUAUUGAUGCGUGAUCAAUUUAAUGUGAAAUGCUUAUUUGUCAUUGUUUUUGUAGUUACUGCUGUGCUUCAGCUGAUGUCGCACUUGCUUUUUAAUAAACGUCUGGCAUGACAUUCA